AUGCCACCUCCGGUCAUCAACAUCACAAUCCAUAAACUGAACACUAUGCAGUUCCGCCAUGUUGGAGCUGACCACACAAUUUAUCCUAAAAUCGUGGAGAUUGCAAGAGCUCUCGCCAGUCGCGAUAGCGUAGACGGCGUGGAAACUCCGGAUGAGAUGCUACCCUCGCACUCGUCCUUCCUUGCUAUAUUAAAUGCUACUACUGGUGCCCUGGAACAUUCCGGUCUUCAUCUUUCCAGGCUCGAUCCCUUCUCACGCCAGAAGACUAUAUGUUUUUCAGUCGAUCUGAAUAAUAUGAUGGUAAGGGAUGUCACCCAGGGCUCCGAGGGCAUCCCGGACUUCCCCUUACCCGCAGACGAGGGCGUGCAAAACGAAUUGAAGAAUUUCGUAACCGAACAAGUUAACGAGUGGAAGAAGGAUGAAGAGUCACGAAGGCAGGAGCAUGAGAAUAAGAGGAAGCAAGAACAGGAACGUCGCAUAAAGAACGCAAUCGUUUUCUUGCAGCGUCUCGUGGAGUUGGACCUUGUAGAUCCAGAGGUGCUGGAACGUGAUGCCCCCACUACUACGUGCCCAUUGUGUUCCCACAACCUUAUCCGAUGUCGUGUCUGCGGUGUACACGCGUGCGAGAAUGCAAGCUGCAAGGCAUCUUCCAUAGUCUCCGUCGUAGGCUGCUCUUACCACGACCGAGAGUUCCUCUGCGUUUCCUGUGCGACACCUCAAACUGGCCAGUGUCCAAUAUGCUCUCAGUGGUAUUGCAUGGAGUCAUUGAGCUGUCGAUCAGCCACGAGCAUCCUCCAAGGAUCGCUCCUUGUCGAGAAUGCGUUCGCCAGGGCCAUGCUUCAGCGUGGCGCCGGUGUGGCAAUGUUUACUGCUGGUCCCGUAAUCGGAAUCGCUUCCGAGACAUGGUCUGCUCAGACUGUGCACCAGGAGGGCGUUCCUGCGCAUGUUCACGGACGUGGCUAUGUGGGCUAUGCUCAUCCGACUCAUCCGGGACGCCGUUCGUUGAAUGCCCAAGCUGCAAAGUCGUGUAUUGCCAGGACUGGUGUGCAUACAUCCAAAGCUGUACGGUUUGCAGCAGCACAAGACUAUGCGAUGACUGCAUUGAAGAGGAGCCUGAAGAUGAUACGAAACAACUUCUACUCCCAUGUCCGCGGUUCACCGAGAAGUGCGGGAUAUGCCGCCGCCAUAUCUGCGAUGGCUGCGUGCCCCGCGUAUCGAGGUGCUCGAGCUGUGGUCACUGCUACUGCCAUCGGUGUAGAUGGACCGAGGCGGAGUACUCAUGCAAAACCUGCUCAUCUCCCAUGUGCAGGGAUUGCACUCGAAACUGGGAUGAUUGCCGGCAGUGCAUAG